UUCAAAAAACACAAAAAUUAAUCAAAAUGAGCAGAGGAAUGGGUUCUCUUACAUGUCUCUUCCUUAUCGGAUCACUCUUCCACGUUGUUGCUAUCGACCACAAGGUUGGAGGUGAUUUUGGUUGGAACUUACCCCCAACUCUCACAUUCUAUUCUGAAUGGGCUCGUAAUAACACUUUCUUCAUCGAUGAUACUCUAAGAUUUGUAUCAAGACUGAAUGAGACACACACUUUCUCUGAAGCAAAUUCUAAGAAGGAUUUUGACGAGUGUGUAAAGCAAGGAAUAGUUUUCGAUACUUCAAUAAACUUUACCUUACAAAAUAACCGUCUUGGUCCUCGUUAUUUUGUUUGCACAGAUGGAAACCAUUGCGAUAUGGGUAUGAAAUUUACCAUUGAAGUUUUACCCAAAUCAGUAAUUAUGCCAAACACCGCAGUAGAAAAUGGUGUGUUGAGGCCUAUACUUUUCUUCAUCACUAUUAUCGCUAAUCUCGUCUUUCUUUGAGAGCCCAACCUAGCCAAUCAAACCAACAUUGUUUCAAUAAUAUUCUUAUUAGUAAUUAAGGAAUCUAUACUACAUUCAAUUGUUUGAUUGAAUUUAAAAUUUAAAUUAUAUAAAGUAUAUGUUUUUCA